CCACCUGAACCAUUGAACGGUUUGCUGAAAGGUACGGAUCCAGAUUCGGCUCUGUUUCUGAAGUCAAUUAGAAAAUUUAAUUCAUCUUUCCAAAUGACUUCAUUUGGAGCAACCGAAAUUGUCAGAAAUAGAUCAACUAACGGCCAACAAUUCAAUUCAACUUUCAAAAUAAAGGGUCAAAUAUAUCAUCAAGUUGGUUCAUUCUUGCCAAUGCCCAACGAAUCAUAUAAAUUUUUACAAAUAUACUUCAUGGGUGGUGAGGAUCCUGAUAACGCCCUCGAUAAUCGCGUGAAUACACGAUGCAGCUACAAUAAUUUGAAUUCUCCAUUUGCCAGACGCAUUAUUGGUGAACUGGAUGUUUUAUUGAAUGAGCACAACGAAUUAUUGAAAUUAUUUAUUUCACAUAUGCAUCACCUACAAAGCGACGAUCAUGCUAUUGUUAUAAAUCCUGAUAGAACACCAGCGGGAGAGCAUAUUCGUAGGUUUAAUGCACCUGUUGUCAAUGACGUAGCUGCAAUCAUGGUAGGAGACCGUACAGCUCCACGAGAAAUUGUGAUCCGACGAAGAAAUAACACUCUCGAUUUCAUAGCUGAUACACACCGAUUGUACGAUGCUCUCCAAUAUCCGCUAAUGUUCUGGAAGGGACAAGACGGAUAUUGCAUUAAUAUUAAACAACGAGAUCCAUUAACAGGAAAUGAAACAAACAAGAACGUCAGCUCGAAGGAUUUUUAUUCUUAUCGUCUGAUGGUAAGACGCGGUCAAGACAACAUUAUUUUACGAUGUCGAGAGCUUUGUCAACAGUUCAUGGUAGACAUGUACGUGAAGAUCGAAAGUUAUUGUUCGACAUUGUUACUAAUAAUAUGAUCCAUGGGCCAUGCGGUAACUUGAAUCGUUUAUCACCUUGCAUGGUAGAUGGCAGAUGCACCAAGAGUUUUCCGAAAUCGUUCACCAAGGAAACUAUUACGAAUGUGGACGGAUAUCCGAUAUAUCGCAGAAGAAAUAUCGACGAUGGAGGACAAUCAUUCACGAAAACAAUAAACAACGUUGAAUUAGAUAUUGACAAUCGUUGGGUUGUGCCAUAUUCACCUUUACUCAGCAAAACCUUCAAUGCGCACAUCAAUGUUGAGUUUUGUAGCUCAGUUAAGAGCAUCAAAUAUAUAUGCAAAUAUGUGCAUAAGGGAAGCGAUAUGGCAGUCUUUCGAAUUGAAAAUUCCAACUCAAAUGUUUCUCCAGUCAAUAAAAACGACGAAAUAACGUUGUAUCAAACAGGUCGAUACAUCAGCUCUAAUGAAGCUGUGUGGCGUAUCUUUGGUUUCCAAAUACACGAAAGAGAUCCAGCAGUUACACAUUUGGCUGUGCAUCUAGAAAACGGUCAACGAGUAUAUUUCACCAACGAAUCAGCAGCAGAUCGUGCGUUGAAUGCACCAAAAACUACUCUCACCGAAUUUUUUGAACUUUGUAACCGUAAUGACGCUUUUGGUGCUUUUGCCAAAACUCUGCAUUAUUCAGAAGUACCACGUUAUUUUACAUGGGCUCCAGCAAAAAAAUGGAUGCCACGCAAACAAGGCUCACCGGUUGAAGCAUGUCCCGAUUUGUUUAAAUCAAACACUUUGGGACGAAUAUUUACAGUCAAUCCCAGGCAAACUGAAUGCUUUUAUUUACGUUUGUUAUUGAUUAAUGUAACUGGCCCAUUGUCAUUCCAAGAUAUUCGAAAAGUGAACGGACAACAGUAUCCAACGUAUAAAGAUGCGUGCUUGGCACUAGGCUUGCUGGAGGAUGAUAACCAAUGGAAUUGUAUGCUUUCUGAAGCUGCAUUGAACUGUUCUGCAAAACAAAUUCGUUUACUAUUUGCUAUAGUGUUAACAACAUG